AUGGCGCCUUCAUCAGGACGUGUACCCGAGCCGGAGUCGAGAAAGACGGUUGGCAUCAACAAGGAGACGGUCUCCAACACAGUCUCGACCGACUUCCCCGACAACUACCCAGAUGGCGACGAGUCUUGGGACAAGGACUGGUUCGCACAGAACUUGAAGAUCGAGUUCCACCAGAACGACGACUACGAGGCCCAGUUCUCGUUGAUUGGAGUGGACGCGUCCAUUGCCAACGCCUUCCGCCGUAUCCUGAUCGCUGAGAUUCCUACACUCGCGGUCGAGACCGUCUUCAUCCAAAACAACACCUCGGUCGUCCAGGAUGAGGUGCUGUCGCAUCGCUUGGGGCUUAUCCCCUUCACCGGUGGCAAGGAGGGCAUUCGGGACUGGAUGAAGUGGUGGCACAAGCCCGUCGAGGGCGCGGACCAGUACUCGACAACAUACGACCACAACACCGUGCAAUUGAAGUUGCAGGUCGAGUGUACCCACAACAAGGACGCCGCACCCGACGAGAAGGACCCGACCAAGCUCUACCACAAUGCGCAUGUCUACGCCAAGGAUAUCGUCUACGAGCCUGCCGGUGCCCAGGAGCAGUACUUCUCUGGCGACAACAUAAUACGGCCCACCAAUCCCGACAUCUUGAUUGCCAAGAUGCGACCUGGCCAGGUCAUUGAUCUGGAGAUGCACAUGCACAAGGGCAUUGGCGCCGACCACUCCAAGUUCUCGCCCGUCGCAACGGCCAGCUACCGUCUGAUGCCCGUCAUCAAGAUUCUGAAGCCGAUCCUGGGCGACGACGCCAAGAAGUUCCAGGAGUGUUUCAUGCCGGGCACGAUCAAGCUGGAGAAGGUCACCAAGCAGCACGUCAAGGCGAACAAGGAGUACGCCGGCCACGAGGGCGAGGUCAUGGCCGCCGUCGACAACCCGCUGUACGACACGGUCAGCAGAGAGGUGCUGCGGCACCCGGAGUUCGAGGGCAAGGUCAAGCUGGGACGCAAGAGGGACCACUUCAUCUUCUCGAUCGAGAGCACGGGCCAGUGGGAGAGUGACGAGCUCUUCCUCGAGUCCAUCAAGACGCUCAAGACCAAGAGCCAGAAGUUGCAGACCCAGGUGCAGAACAUGGUCUACACCUACUCAGGCUAG